AUGGCACUGGCGGCCUACAGACACCUCCUGCGAGCGACACGAACCGCAUUUCAAGACGACUACCAUCUCCUCCAUGCAGCCAGAAUGCAAGCCCGCACAGGCUUUGAGACACUGAGAACAAUGGAUCCCGACUCUGAGGAGGCGAUCAAGGGCAUAGCACAUGCUGAGGGCGUGGCAUCAGUACUACGACACAAUAUUGUGCAGGGCAAGCUGGUUGAGGGGUCAGACGUCAUACGGCUCAAUAUACACGAGGACACCGAGAAAGGUGACAACGAUACCGUCAAGAAUCCCCUCGGCAAAGGUGGCAAGGUCAAGGUUGGCGGUGUAUGA